AUGACAGAAUUCUGGGUUUCCCAAAAACAAUACUUCUGCAAAUACUGCGAGAUUUUCAUCCGCGACGACGCGCCCUCACGGCGCCAACACGAGUCCGGACUCCGACAUCAAGGGAACAAGGAGAGAUAUGUGCGGAAUAUAUACAAGCAGGGAGAGAAGAGGAAGAAGGACGAGGCUGAGGAGAAGAGGGAGAUUGCUAGGAUAGAGCAGGCGGCGAAUGCCGCGUAUGCGGCAGACGUAGGCUCGGGCCGCGCGGGGCCGUCCACUGCUUCGUCUUCGUCCCCUGGACCCUCCGCGCCUAAACCUCCCCCUCGGCCCGUUGCCGCCCCAUCAACUGGAAUACUAUCAUCGCACGUGAAGCCCUCAGCCGCCAACAAAGCCGCCCCUAAACCUGUCGCGCGUAAUUAUGACAACUAUACGACCGCCGCCGAAUUAGGCAUCAUCGACCCGGAGGUGGAGAGACGACAAGCAGAGGCGGAGAGGAGAAGAAAUGAAGCUUUUGUGGGUGAAUGGACGAUCGUCGAGUCGACAACUUCACGUGGCGUCUCUGCCGCGCCGGAGGAAGAGAAUGGGAUAAAGGUCGAGGAUGGAGCGGAGGUUAAGGCCGAAGAUGGAACCGAACUCGAAAUCGGCCAGAAACGACCCGCACCACCCAUAGACGACCCCGAAGACGCAGGACACCGCUGGAAGUUGCGAAAGAAGACAGUCGAGGUUGGACUGGGCGAGCUGUACGACCCUGGUGUUCUAAAGCUCAAACCUCGCGUCAAGUCACAACCUACGGAUGCGGAGGCACCAGUUACGACGAUUGGUGGCGACGCAGCCGGAUGGACAAGUGCUCCAGGAGCGGUAACUGGGCCGAAAGCUACUGAAGCGCCGAAAUGGACUUCGGUAAAGUGGAAGAAGCCUGGCGAGGCCCCUGCGGUUGCCGCGACGGAGCAGGAUUCCACAUCUACGUUGGCACCCGUGAAGCAGGAGGAGGAUGUAGGCAUGGCCGAGUCUGACUUAGGCGGUUUGGCCGUCACGACCACAGACGAUCUUGUCUCAGUGCCUACGAAGCAGGAAGUGGAGGAUGUGAAGCCUACGCCUCCGACACGAGCGGCAUCCGAACACGAACCUCCGGUGGGCUUGUUCAAGAAGCGCAAACGGCCUGUAAGAACCUAA